UGGGUUAUUCCUGUAUAGCAAUUUUAGAUGAAGCGAAUGUCAUUAUGUGUCAAAUGGGUGAAAAUGUUCAAGUUAUUGAUAACAAAUAUCAACCAUAUAGAGGAGAAAUUGUUAAACUUUUUUACGAUCCAGAUAAAAGUUCAGAAGUUAUACGUAAAGGUUUUAGGAUACUUCAAGAAAUUUAUUUUGAUCAAAUGGAUGGGAAGCAAUGCCAAGAUGAUUUUGCUAAUAUUGAUGUCACCCGGAGUUCUCUUGACUGUGUAAUUUAUACAAGUACUAUGGAAGCUGGCAUCUCUUUUGAAAUCUCUGAAUAUUUUGAUGUAGUUAUAGGCAUUACUAAUAUUGCCACUCCAGUUCAUAUUGAAGCAUUUGCUCAAAUGUUAUUCAGAAUCUGCAACUGUUCAUUGCGUAUAGUUUCCCUUUAUCAUAGCAAAAAAUUUGAUAUUUUUAAAGAUCCAUGUCAGAAACUCAUUCGGGCUGAACUUUCAACUUUAAGACUUGAAGACUUACCAACAGCAAUUAAAGGUCAACGUGAAUGGGAUAAAAUUGUUGAUUGUUAUGUACUUAAUUUAUCUCUAGUAGUAGAAACCUAUAUCGAAGUUAAAUAUCAGAUACGUUUAUUAGUCAAAUAUUUUCCUGAGAUUCUUUGCAGUCUUAUUGCUAGUACUGAGGUAACACUUGAAUUAAUUUCAAUAGAAGAUGUUGAAAAAGUUAACAGGAGUGAAGUUUCUCAUAUUAUUAAGAAUAUUGAGAAAAAAAUUAAAAGUAUAGAUGCAAAAUUAAUGGUUAAUGCCUCAGAUAUUAGCUCUGAUGAAGCUGAAAUUCUUAAGCAAAACUCUAUACGUAAUAUUGGUGACAAGAAUGAUAUUCAAGAUUGGGGCAUGAAUAAUGAUGAUUGGAUCAAACUUUGUAAUAUAGAUUUUGUAAAAAAAUUCAAUAAUCCUGAACCUUUACAAUAUUUUAGAAGACUGGUAUAUUUCAGAAGACAAGGUUCUAAUGUAACAAAUUCUAUAGAAAAUCUAAAAAUCAAAGAAGAAACGCAAUGGGAAGAUUCACAUGAUUCUACAGACCUUUUUUCAGUCGAUUUGCAUAAAUUUUAUUUAGCAAAACAGUGGGAAGCGAUACAUAAUCUUGUUCAAUCAAUAGGUUUUAGAGAUAUAGAUGAUACGAAUAUUCUUUCUGAAGAUACAUUAUUGCUCUUUGGUUUUAAAACCAGAGCUAAAGGAAUAUCAGAUCUUAAUGCUACAAUAAAGUUUAUUAAUGCAAUACUAGAUCCAAUUCUUCCACCAUACAAUAAUGAGAUGUCAAAAGAAAGAUUGAAAAAAUGGAAAGUCAAGAUUCUCUUUGAAAUGCGGGAUAAUCAUAAUUACUGGAAAAAAGAAUGUAAGAGUAUGAAUGAAGUUGCUUUCUUGAAAUAUAAACAUAAUUUCGAAAUUAAAUUAGACAUUUCCACUACUCUACACAAAAAAGAAUUAAAAACUCGCUCUUUGGCUCUUAUUGAAUAUGCGUAA